AUGGCAACGGACUGCUUGGAAGCUAAUUCGAUGCAGCAAAUUCCGGUUUUUAAAGAUGAAGCAGACGUAAUGUCAAGUGCAAUCGAGAAGCUUGAUUUACAACUCAAAAAGCCUAAAAAGGUUCAUCGAUUCUAUUUUGUCAAGUUCUGGCCCUAUAAAGACUCUUUAGAGGAUGAAAGGCUGAUUGAAAAAAUGGAUCAAGAUAUAAUUCGAAUCAACGAGAGAUACAAGAUAUUAAGGCAAAAACAGAUAGCUGGUUGGUCUCAACGACAGAAACUAUUGAAUCGUCCACGUGGCAUUAUGGGCGGAAUGGAGUGGCAAAAAAUGAUGUUGGAACAUCUGCAAGCAGCUUUGGAUAGGCUGAAUUUUGGGAAGGGAGGAGCCAAUAAGUCCUCCUUCUCCAAAGAACAAAAUACUCAUGGCUUCAAACGCAGGAUGCUACAUGGAAGUAGUAAUAUGGCUACAGAAAGGCAAAUCUUGAAAGAGAUAGCUAGAAGCCAACAGAGACUCAAUGAUUUCAUUGACCCUAGGCCAUUAUUACAAGAAUAUAUUUGGUGGUAUAGUUACGGGAAUAUAGAUAAAGCGAGGUAUAUACAGAUGGUUGAAAAGAUGAAACAAAUUGAAGAGAGAAAGGAGAAAGCUGUGGGAGAUGCCAUUGCCAAGGGUGAGCCUUGGAACCCCUUGAGCGCGAAAAGGGCCAUACAGGAGCAAAUCAAACUUGUGAACAAAAUAUCAAUGGAGUUAAGACGGGAGAGUUCUGAAGUGAUGCCGGAGAUUGUGCGUAUCGAGAAGGAUCUUAAGGCUAUUGAAAAAGAGGCACGCCUUUUAAUACAGCAGCAAAGGGAACUACGCCAGCGAAAGGUUGAAGCCCAAGAACGCAUUCUUAAUUUGAGGCAACAGAUGAAUGACAGGUAUCACGAAUAUCUUUCCCUGUUGAGCGAUGCCAGAGAGCUUGCUAGAAAGAAAGAUGUUGGAGCUUUAAGGAAACUUUCCCAAGGCCAGGUCAAGAAAUUCAUGUCCAAGUGGAAAACUAGCAAAACCUUGUUAUUUGUUGAAUAA